UACACAUUCGGAGAGGGUGAUGAUCGGUGCGCGCGCAGUGCGGAGCUCAAAACAUGAGUGAUGUUGGAUUGAUCAGCAAUGCCCUUGCAUGGUGCAUUAGAUGCAUACAGGUGUGAUUUCAUGUCGAUCAUGUGUGUGAUGCCCUUGGAUGUCUCCUCGCGGUGGAAAGUGUCUUCAUGAGUGUCCAAAGUAACAGUAACAGCAGUGGAAGUUUGGACGGAGCGCCAUCUUGCCCUCAGCUCGCGACUGGCUCUCCGACCCCGGGCGCAGUUUCUUUGCUCGAUAUCUCGGCUCCGCCGAGACAGAAAGAAGGUAUGGAUGAACUCCAUUCUCUGGAUCCACGCAGGCAGGAGCUUUUGGAAGCGCGUUUCAUUGGUGCAGUUAGUGGAAAUACAGGAGGAAGCACUGGGAGUGCCAGCUGCGGAGCUAAAGGUUUAAAUAAUAAUGAAUGUUCCAGUCACAGUUUUGGCAGUCUGGGGUCAUCCAGCGAUAAGGAAUCAGAGAACACUGACAUAAAGAAGGGAGGAUCACCUGCAUAUUCAACUCCAGAAAAGAAACACUCCGAGUCAUCCAGGGGAAGGAAGAGGAAAGUUGAUAACCAAUCAGAGAGCAGUCAAGGAAAGUCUUCCGGUCGAGGGCCCAAGAUCAGCGAUUAUUUUGAUUUCCAAGGUGGAAACGGAUCAAGUCCAGUCAGGGGUCUUCCUCCUGUCCUGCGCUCGCCACAGAACUCUCACUCUGCACCCGGGUCCAUUGUGAGACAGAACAGCUCUUCACCCACCGGCCUGUGUUUCACAGAUCACACAAUGAACCCAAAACCGCUGAGCAGCAGAAUUGUACAGACGGAUCUGACACUGUUGAAGCUGGCUGCACUUGAAAGCAAUAAGAAUCUUGACCUUGAGAAGAAAGAGGGUAGAAUAGACGAUCUGCUCAGGGCAAACUGUGACCUCCGUAGACAAAUAGAUGAACAGCAGAAACUGUUGGAACGUUUCAAAGAGCGGCUGAACAAAUGCACUACCAUGAGUAAAAAACUGCUCAUUGAGAAGAGCACUCAAGAGAAGCAGGCGUGCCGUGAGAAGAGCAUGCAGGACCGACUGCGUCUGGGACACUUUACGACAGUCCGGCACGGAGCGUCAUACUCUGAGCAGUGGACAGACGGAUAUGCCUUCCAGAACCUGGUCAAGCAGCAGGAGUGGGUUAACCAGCAAAAGGAAGAAAUCGAGAGGCAGCGGAAACUUCUAGCAAAACGCAAACCUCCCAGCACGCCCACCUCUCAGAGCCCCAGCCCCAACGAGUCCAAACAGAGAAAGACCAAAGCCGUCAACGGAGCUGACAAUGACCCCUUCCUCAAACCGAGUCUACCUUCACUGUUGACUGUGGCAGAGUAUCAUGAGCAGGAAGAAAUCUUCAAACUGAGACUGGGGCAUCUCAAAAAGGAGGAGGCUGAGAUCCAAGCAGAGCUGGAACGGUUGGAGCGCGUGAGAAAUCUGCACAUUCGAGAACUCAAAAGAAUCAACAAUGAGGACAGCUCUCAGUUCAAAGACCAUCCAACUCUAAAUGAAAGAUAUCUCCUGUUACACUUGCUGGGACGAGGGGGUUUCAGUGAAGUUUAUAAGGCAUUUGAUCUGUUUGAGCAGCGAUAUGCUGCUGUGAAAAUCCACCAGCUCAACAAGAACUGGAGAGAAGAGAAGAAAGAAAACUAUCACAAACACGCCUGUAGAGAAUAUAGAAUCCACAAGCAACUGGACCAUCCCAGAAUAGUCAAACUCUACGACUACUUUUCCCUGGACACUGACACAUUCUGUACUGUUCUGGAGUUCUGUGAGGGAAAUGAUCUGGAUUUCUAUCUCAAACAACACAAGCUGAUGUCUGAGAAAGAGGCUCGCUCCAUCGUCAUGCAGAUAGUGAACGCCCUCCGAUACCUUAAUGAAAUUAAACCACCCAUCAUUCACUACGACCUGAAACCAGGUAACAUCCUGCUGGUGGAUGGAACAGCGUGCGGUGAGAUAAAGAUCACAGACUUUGGUCUGUCUAAAAUAAUGGAUGAUGACAGUUAUGGAGUGGACGGAAUGGAUCUGACCUCACAGGGAGCCGGAACGUACUGGUAUUUGCCACCAGAGUGUUUUGUCGUCGGUAAAGAGCCUCCAAAGAUCUCUAAUAAAGUAGACGUUUGGUCCGUGGGUGUCAUUUUUUUCCAGUGCCUGUAUGGGCGAAAGCCGUUUGGUCAUAAUCAGUCCCAGCAAGACAUUCUUCAGGAGAACACCAUCCUGAAAGCCACUGAGGUGCAGUUUCCAGUUAAACCUGUGGCAAGCAAUGAGGCAAAGGCGUUCAUCCGCCGCUGUCUGGCUUACAGAAAGGAGGAUCGCUUUGACGUCCACCAACUGGGCAGUGACUCGUACCUCCUUCCCCACAUGCGGCGAUCCAAUUCAUCUGGAAACUUGCAGGGCACGCCCGCCAGCCCUGCAUCUUCAGGAAUCAUCUCCUACUGAUCUCAUUGGCUGAUCGAUUAUGAGUGAUGGCUCUAAUGCAGAUUUCCCUCCCAUCACCACCUUUGAGUGGAUUAAAAGGGGGAGGUGCUAAGAAUCAGCUUGCAAGCAGAAGUUGCAAGCCAAACCAGUUACAGUGACUGCCCUUGUCAUCAGGGCAGGAAUGGCUGAUGUAAUUUCGUGUGUGGAUCCAGAUGUCAGUCAGCGACCCAUUUGAAAACGGACAUUUGUUUUCUACCCAAGGCAUAUUGUGGAGUAGAUUUGGAAUGGUUGGAGGGGAUUGACGUUUUCCGUUUCAGCUCCUUGUUGAUGUCCUCCCCGAGCUACGCCUCCUAGAAAGGGGUAUUUUGUUUUGUGUAAGUGUGACAAUUAGAGGUGAUUCAUUGUAGUGUGCUUGGAAAUAGACGAAUGAGCGUUUAAAUAUGACAUGACGUUGUCUGUGUGCGCGCCUGUGAAUGGAUGUUUUACGCCACGGCGUUAUACAUGUGUAAUGGGCACAGAAUUACAAAGUAUGUGUGUGUUACAAAAAUGGUGUCUAUUUUAGUUCAAAGUAACAGUGUCAGUGUGUUUAAAUGGGCUUAAUAAUGCCAGGUCACAAAUCAAACCAAGAUAAUAAAUGCAAUGUAUGUUUUGCAUAAAUAAAAUAAAGCUUUUAGGACCAUUAUGUAUUGAUUUUGUUCAUGACUAUUAAGCACAUUUACUACCUUAAUUCCCCUGAUGCAUUCAGACGUCUUAAUCUUUAGUUUUUUGUAAAUGUCAUUUAUUCUCAAUUCUAAUUUUUGUUAUCAGCAUAGAGGCAGUACAACAAAUACAUUUUACAAUUUAAAUAAAUAUAUUUUCCCAUGUUACAGUAAGUUUUUUUUUUUUUUUUUUUUUUCAUCAUGGUAAUGAAAAUUGGGAGGAAAAUAUUGCUUAAUUGCCAUGAAAAUUAUGACAAAAAUAUGCUUUAUUUUAAGCAAAAUGUAAUUUUGCAUUUUAAUUAGUUUGAUUCUGGAGUGAAAUUUGACCUGGACAUGUUAUUUUAAAAGUAGGAGGAUAAAUAAAUUAACAUUUAGGUGGAGAUGGAGUUGAGAAUGAACUCAAUAGCCCUCCUAUAAAAUGUUUAAAACAUGUAGGAGUACAUUUACGAAUCCAACCUGUGCAGGGUAUCUUAUACAGUUCUUUGUAGCUUUUUUUUUUUUUUAAAUUUUAUCUGACACAAUGUCACAGCUACAUGAUGUUGCUUUUAGACGGCUAGUCUUUUUUGUUUACUUCCAUAGUAGAAUCAGACCAAAUAAACAUUUAAUUUGCCAGGAAAUCACAGCAUGGAAAAAAUACUUUUUGUUGAAUGAAGUGUGUUGUGAGCCUGUGUGAGAUGUGUUUCACGGAACAGACGGAAGGUGGGCCGGACCCCACCCAUUACAAUUUAACCCCUUAAUGCCCAGACCUCGUGCUGUUGUGUUUAGCAACCCUUGCUGAUCCCAGAGACUGAGUCAGCUCAACCACUCCGGACUGUACAGUGAUCAGACUGUCCAAGCUUCCAGAGUCCAUUUGCAGGGGAAGAGUCUCUGCUUUUGUUGUUCCUCUCUCCAAAUAAUCUUUAAACCCCAGAUACAUGGUGAUCUGUCUUUAAAGUGCUGCUGCGAUUGUAGAGAAUGUAGCCAAAAGAGAAAUAAACAUUU